UUUAAAGGGUGGGGCUGUCUAUGAUUAAAUUUAAAGUUAUGACUAAUGUAAUGACUAUUGCAGCAACAGCCCCACCCAAACCAAACUCCUACACAAUGAAGCUUUGCUCAAAUACUCUUUUCUUUUUGCUGAUCCUUCUUGCAGUAAUAUCAUCAGGAUUUUCUUGUACUUAUGGAAGUAUUCGCUUAGUUGGAGGAACAAGUAAUCUAGAAGGACGUGUUGAAGUAUGCAGUGGUGGAUCAUGGGGUACUGUCUGUGAUGAUUACUGGGGCAUCAGUGAUGCAACUGUUGUCUGUAGACAGCUUGGAUACCAACCAGUAUCUGCCCUGGGGAAUGCUUACUUUGGACAAGGAAGUGGAACAAUUGUAAUGGAUGAUGUCCAUUGCAUAGGAACUGAAUCUGGCCUUACAAACUGUAUACAUACCACAAGUCACAACUGUGCCCAUUAUGAAGAUGCAGGAGUUAGAUGUGCAGUAUCAUCACUUGCUUGUAGUAACACUGGAAGCAUUCGCUUAGUUGGAGGAACAAGUAAUCUAGAAGGACGUGUUGAAGUAUGUAGUGGUGGAUCAUGGGGUACUGUCUGUGAUGAUUACUGGGGCUUCAGUGAUGCAACUGUUGUCUGUAGACAGCUUGGAUACCAACCAGUAUCUGCCUUGGGAAGUGCUUACUUUGGACAAGGAAGUGGAGCAAUUGUGAUGGACAAUGUCCAGUGUGAUGGAACUGAAUCUUACCUUACAAACUGUAUACACACCACAAAUCAUGACUGUUCCCAUUAUGAAGAUGCAGGUGUCAGAUGUUCAAUAUCAUCAUCUUCAGGAUUUGCUUGCAGUAAUACUGGAAGCAUUCGCUUAGUUGGAGGAACAAAUAGUCUAGAAGGACGUGUUGAAGUAUGCAGUGGUGGAUCAUGGGGUACUGUCUGUGAUGAUUACUGGGACAUCAGUGAUGCAACUGUUGUCUGUAGGCAACUUGGAUAUGAACCAGUAUCUGCCCUGGGGAAUGCUUACUUUGGACAAGGAAGUGGAACAAUUGUAAUGGAUGAUGUCCAUUGCAUAGGAACUGAAUCUGGCCUUACAAACUGUAUACAUACCACAAGUCACAACUGUGUUCACUCUGAAGAUGCAGGAGUCAGAUGUGCCUAUAAUACUGGUUCUGCUAUUACUGGUACAGUAGUUCUUUAUCGUAAUGGGAUUGCCUCAUCUUCAUACUAUCACGGCAUUGUGCAACUUUAUUACAAUAGUUUAUGGGGUAACAUUUGUGAUGAUAGUUAUUAUAAUUCAGCUGAAGCUAAUGUCAUUUGUCAUCAGUUGGGAUACACUGGAGCUUCAAGCUACUCUAGAGCUGGACUAACGAACUAUGGGACUGAUACUAAUCAAAUGAUAAUUGAUGAUGUGAAUUGUGCUAAUAGCAACUAUUUAACAUUAUUACAAUGCUCCUUCUCUACAUACAUUGAUAGUGGGUGUACUAACACCAAUUCCUAUGAUGCCACAGUCUACUGCUAUACUACUAGAAUUUGGAGCAGCCCAUACACUGGUAUGCUACGUCUUCAAGGAGGAAUUUACUCUAAUCAAGGACGAGUGGAAGUGUAUUGUAAUGGACAAUGGGGAACAAUAUGUGAUGAUGGGUUCGACUCUACUGAUGCUAGAACUGUCUGUAAGCAGUUAGGAUACAGUAGCUAUUCAAGAUAUGACCAUUUGGCCCUUCCUGGCAAUCAGAGUAAACCAAUAUGGUCUACUUAUUUUUCAAGCACUUCAUCAAGUACUUGCUUCAAUUCAAGGAAUUCUUGUCCCAGUUCCAGUAUUACAUCAUGCUCACAUUCAGAGGAUGUUACAGUAGCCUGUUCAUAUUCUUCAUCAUCAACAAAUAUAGCAACUGUAGGAUACUGCAAUAGUGAUAAUAGUAAUGGUGCAGCUAUUGGAGGAGCAAUUGGUGGUACAUUCAGUGGCAUUAUUUUAAUUAUAAUAAUAGCAGUGAUUAUUAUUGUUUCUGUUCAUACAUGCACUAAGAAAUCACGCUCCAGAAGAUUGAGAAGAAUAAUAUCAUUCACUUCCACAGCUGAGACAAAUGCUGCUGCAAGUGACAGAUCAAAUUUUCAAUUGAAUACCAUUUCCUCAUCUACUGGAAGAUCACCAGAGCAGCAAAAACCACCUCAGUAUACUGCAUCACCAACUAGUGCUUCAAAUCCUCCUCCACCAAUAUUUCCUUCUAAUUUGCCUAACGGAAUGCCCCAUGGGGGAUAUUAUGCUUUUAUUCCACCGGGCAUGGCAUUUCCCCCAUCAUCUAAUAUUCAUCAAUAUCCUUUUGUUACUUUACAACAAGCUGUCAGAGAUCCUCAUAAAGAACAACAAGAUUCCAAGCCAGAACCACCAUCCUAUGAUGAAAUUGAUGAAGGCACUGCAACUGACACUGCAACCAGCACUGCAUUGUAAUUGAUAUUCAAUAAAAAGUAGCUAGAUCUAUAUUUGCUAAUUGUUAUCUGUGCUUAUAAGUUAUAACUGCAUAUUACUGGCUGCCAAAGUAAUAACUGACUGUACUAUACUCUGUAGUAGUCUUUUUUAAAUUAGGCUAAUAGUUUUUAUGGCCAUUUGUUACAGUUAUUAUCAGUUGUUAUCUUAACAAUUGCCAUUUAA